UUGCUUCCAGAGCGUCGUCGUUGUUCCUCUUUGUAGGAGCAAAUAGAGACACGGGAGCUUGCCGACAAUCUUGCAUUUUAACAACCCGUCGAUGGAUGCGCGACGUUGAAAAAAAUCCUCUCGAGAUGUGAUGCUCCGCAUGCUGCUCUGUAUGAUUUGGUUGUUUUAAUGAACUGCAAAAACAUGUUGCGAUCGUCACAAGCGUCGGGAUGCCGACGAGUCAUCCACGGACGAGCCGGCGACACGGUGGAGAUGUCGUCGUGUUUACCGAGAAAAAACGUCACCUUUGCCCGUUGGAACUACCGAGGCAGUAAGGUGGCGUCCUCCUCAGACGGCGUCGUCGAGGCGAGCCGCUUCGCCGGAAGAGUGGACCUCGACCCCCGUGACUUCAAUCUGACACUGAGGGGCGUGAGUCUGGAGGACUCUGGCAACUUCAGUUUUGUGUCGGCGGUCAACGACCAGCAGCGAGAUACGGUGCAAGUCACGCUAAGAGUUCACGAGGUUAUAACGGCAAAACCUACGGUGAGCGUCAAUGCCUCGUGGCGGGCCGCCAACCGCUCGUGCAGCGUCCUGCUGCGCUGCAGCGCCUCCGCCAGCGAGGGGCCGCUGGAGUACGAGUGGCGGGUGGGGAACCGAAGCCUGAGCGGCCCGCGGCAUUGGGUCAGCAUGGCGCCGCGGGGCGCCGCCACCCAGGUCACCUGCACCGUUUCCAACCUUGUGAGCGCCAAGUCCGCCAGCGCCUCCGUGACGUGCGCCAACGACACGGCCGACGUCAUGUCGGCGACAGUUUCAGAUCCCAUGAGCUUUACGGUCAAACUCAGCGCGGCGGCGGGAGCCUUCUGUCUGCUCGUCUUGGUGGCCGCGAUAGUCACCGUCGAUUGUCACCGACGCCGCAGGCGCCGGCGAUCAAGCAGGAAGUUUGAGGAGGCGACGGUCUACGCGGACAUUGGCGACGUGGCGCCGAACUACGUUAGGGAGCCACGCGGGACGGCGCCGUUGCACCCCGUGCAGACGGUCUAUGACGAGCUCCAGCCAAGCCGCAUGGCCUUGUAAGAGCACGGCCCUUAAUGCGCCAUUUUGUGGCGGCGGCUGAAAUAAACAACCUCAAAAAGCGCAGCUACGUAAAGUGCAAGUCCCAGGUUGGGUUAAGCUAGUUAAAAGUCAAACACCUUGCCUUAUCUUUGUAUAUUGUAGUUUACUUUAUUGUCUCCUCAAAUAAACCACGUGAGCACAAUGCACAACA